AAUACAUACUUCAUAACCUAAUACCAUUCAUGAUCAUGCCUUGUUAAUCUUUCCAUGCAAUGAAUGCCAAAAGAUAUCCCGCAAAAGAAUCAAGCAUUCACUCACGAACUCACCCUCUUCCGACCACUUUCCCGAUGCCAAACCGGAACGCUGCUUGCAUCAUGCCAGGACUUGACUUACAGCGUCUGAAUCAUUGACUCACCGAUUAUUCUGUGACUAUGGGGCGCCAUGAUCUUAUUCAGGGUUGCGUUUCUCCACCUCUUUCACACUGGCGCCCCGGGCGCAUCUCAUCGGCCUCCUCCAGGUGUCUGUAUGAUUGAUUGUUCACCAUUUGUUCGAGGUCACUGCCGCCACCAUCACUUCUCGGGUGUUUGCCACGAAUUUCACAGACUCAGACUAAGACGAAUUGUCAGGGCUGCUAUUAUAAAAUUCCCACUUGUAUAGCCCGUUGAUGACCCUCUCACCUUCCAAUGCCUAAGACCACACAUGUGGCUGACGCUGGGCAAUCAAUGUUGAAGAUAACCACAGUCACCACAGAGCCAGUGUGAAUGAAAUCUUCUGCCGACCCUUACGCUGUUGUCUCUAUAUUCACAUCCCUUGACGUCCUAAUUCUCCAUUGAUUCUAUAAUGGCCUUCACAGCCUGGAAUUGGUCAAUAGAUACCGAGGUUACGGUCAGCGCGUUAAUCGCCGUGCAAUCAUUUGCUCUAAGUCAGUCGGGAACUAACACACGAUGGGGAAUGAAUCAUGUAAACUCCCCGUAUCUCGUAAGAUUCAGUCUCUGCGGUGAUGCCUCCUUGACAAGUGGAACCCGUCAUCUCGAAAUGACUGGAGCUGAAUUAGAGCAGCUAGUUCUGGUUGCGAAUGAUUUCCGCUUGUCUCGCUCAAUAUAUUUGAUGUCACUUAUUCUUGUUCUCUAUGACUUCGUCUUGACAUUACCCAGUGAAGUCACGUUCAUGUGGAAGGGGAAGUUCUCAUGGAGGCAUGUAAUAUUCGUAAUACUCCGGUACCUUAGUAUCCUUAAUUUAACAGUUGCUAAUAUCGUACUGUCUUGGAACAAACCCUCUGCUAGAGUACGUUUCUUACUUGGAUUUUUUGUUUGUUGUUCCAUAUGGUAUAAUGGCUGGGUGGCUGCGAACAUACCUAUUGCAAUCGUUUCAGGAAUCGUUCUGAUUCUGAGGAUCGGUGCGAUGUAUGCAAUGUUCGCACACAGACUCAAAAUUCUUGUCGCCCUAUCUAUCAUGUUCGGCGUGAAGACAGUAGUCGAACUCGUGAUUCUCUUCAGGCUCCUUUCACAUUUGAUCUCCGUCCCACUUCCACCACCCUAUUCUGGGUGUUUCGGUGUCAGCGGGCGAGAGGAUUCCUGGAUAUACUGGCUGCCCACCAUUGCUUUCGAGACAUGCCUCGUUAUCCUGGCAAUCAUCCAAUGCAUUCAAUACGUUAGAGACGAGUCUGGCGCAACUCGACUUAUGGCGGUGCUGCUACGAGACUCAAUCAUGUUCUUCGGGGGUAUGCUGGCUGCUGCGCUGAUAAAUUGCAUCAUCUGGGGCGUUGGCAGGCCCACUCUGUUCAGUGCAUUCCCAUCAAUACAUACAGCAUUCGGUUCAGUGCUUGGUUGUCGCAUGCUUCUUAAUGCACGAGAAGCAGUGAACCCUUGGUCACAUUAUGACUCACAACUCUUUGCUAUGACUGGCAUCGUCUGGAGCAACGACCCUCCCUCGACGGAAAACAUACCCUUAACGAACCAGGAACACAUCGACAGACCGUAGAGUGUUAAUCUGACAUUUUCGAAAAAGGGACAUUAUGUAACGUUACAGCCACGACGAAGCUUCAUUGCACAUGCGCAACCAGCCAAAACACAUACGGCUACGCAUUACCAGGGGCGCGAGAGGAGAAGUAAAGUAAUGGGCUAUUUAGCUGAAAUCGAGAGAAACGGGUAUGCGAAGUCUGGAACAGCCCGCGUAUCGCCCAAGUCGUCAGUCAGCCAUCUUUGUCCAAUGACUAAGAUCUAGCAGUUUCUUCCAGAAACAGAGCUGAAAUAGUCGCAAGUACCAGUGACCCUGUCAUUCUGUUGUCGGUCGACAGAUUCUGCUCAGGUUGGACCCUCUUGAGCCGAGGAAAUAUGUACCUUAUUGUAGGAAGGUAUAUACGGCCUGCCGAGCCCUCUCAACCUUCCCCCCACCUCCAUGACAAUCGGUUGAGUAUGAGGUUUUUUGUCACCUGCAGGAGCUUGAACGAAAUAAACUACUGUAUGAAAG